GACUAUAAAUAUAAUCUAUGGAACUGACUGACUUGAUUUAGCACUUGCAUAAUCUGUGAAAAAUCUUGAAAUUCACCUCGCUAGAGGGCGUUCUUGUAGUCGAGUUAAAAAUGUUGGUCGGAAUCUGUCGAAAAUGAUGAAUCCGUUUUUGCAAAUGGUUAGAACUCUCAUUAUCUUGUAGUUAAACUACUCAUCAUGAUUCCAUUUAAUAGCUAGUAAGUGGAAAAUACGGUUUGUCGGGGUAUAGAGUGAAUUUGGUGUGCGAAAGUCAUACGACUUGUGUCAUCUGACUGCUCUUCCUUCAAGAUGGCUCCUCCGCCGGAGUAUGAUAAGGAACCUAAAGCCCCAGAUAAAAGUGCUACAAAUAUAUCCACUGAAGAUUCAAAACUUAUACACAAUCUAGUAAACGACCAGCAUACAAAUUCAGACCACAAACCAACAAAUACGGUUGCAGCCGUUGAAGUUGAGAAUAACAAACAUGUAGAGACUUUGGAUGAUGGACAAUUACGUGCACUCUUGGACGAGGCUAUUACAUACAAAUGCCCUAAAGAUCGAGAGGGUAAAAGCAGUCUAUUUAAGGAGUUGUUGGAGGAGGUGGAGCAGGACGAGCAGGCGUGCGAGGCGGCGGCACGCACGCUGAGCGGGGCGCGCGGCGGGCGGCGCGGCGCGCGCGGGCGGCGCGCCCUGCCGCACUCCAACUCGCUGCAGGACCUGGUGGCCGCGCUGGCCGCCGAGCCCGCGCCGCGCCGCCACCACGUGCGCCACCACGCGCCCGCGCCCGCGCACAGCAACGUGUCCGCGCGCGCCAUCCACGGCGGCAGCCUGCCCUCCGGCGUCGACACCUCGUCCCUGCUGAGCGAGGAGCCAGCUCGAGGCGCGGGGUACCUGGCCACGGUACGCUGCGUCAACCCCCCGCCGCUGGCCGAGCGGAGGGUAUCCGCCAGCGACGCCAACACGCCGGCUGAGAUGGAGCUUCUCAACAGAAGAAGUAAACCGAUGUUUCCGAUGACGUACACGGCUCGCGCUACGUUGGAAAUCGGCAGCGGCAGCGUGUGCUCAGGCCGCGCCGUCACCACCACCACUGCAUCCAACCAGGUAGCGCAUGAGACGCGCCGAGACCCCGGACUGCUCUACGGCCACCUUCUGCCAAAGAACCAAAGAAACCGACCAAAGAACAAGCCAGAAAUACCUCAAAGUGAAAAGUUGAUGAACGCUUUGCUCCCUAAGAAGACUGAUCGCGAAGAUGGAAGUUUGGAACAUAAUCUGAAUGUCGACUUGAAAUCUUCCAAUAAGUAUAUAAGUGACCCGUGCAGCACUGAAUUUUCGCACGUUAAUGUGGAUACGAUGGAAGAAACAAACCUUCAUCGCGUGCCACAUUCAGUUGAGCAGACCGAAGCGGCUGACAGUAACAAUGGCAUAGAGUUAACAGAAUUCAAGUCAAGCGUAUCACCAGAAAAUAUAACGAAAAAUACAUUUGCUGACUUCUUCGCUACGCAACAAGAGCUACUAAAUUCUCUUAAUAAUUUGGAGGAAACUGGAGAAGAAAAUGAAAUAAUAACUACUCAUGAAAUAGAAAAUAUACCAGACGAGAUAGAAUCUCAUGAAUGCAUACAAAUUAUACCCGAAGAGUUAAUUACUACUAAUGAAUGUGUCAGCAAUGAACCACAAGAGUUAACUGAAAUAUCAGACAUGACAUUUGUAGUCUAUGAUGUUAUAGAUCUUGAUGCAGCCGUAGUUAAGGAGUGGUUCGACUCGUCUGCAGAGAAUAACGACGUGAUCACCAACUCUGAGGAAGCUACAGAUGAUGGCACUGUUAUCGAACGCAUGUUAGCCGAAAUUCCUAACAAUUCUUUUAUUUUUCUAACCGUGCCCCAGCCAUUAAUAUACCCAGCUUACACUGAUAAUACUAAAUCUACAUCCGACAGUAACAAUAAUGAUAGUAAACCAGUCCUUGUUAAUGAGGAAAAAGAACAACCACCCCUAGAGUGUCCCGUCAAUAAUGAUACUGAGGAGAAGACAGUCAUUGAUAAAAAUGCUCUUAAAGUUCUACUGUUACAAAAUCUUUUUAAAAACAAUAUUAUUGAAAACCCAUCGGGCGAUGCCGGGGUGUCGGCUAUCACCGGUGAAGAGGUCGAUUCCGCCAUAUCGUUUAGUUGCAUCACAACACCGGAGGUUGUGGCCAGUUGCAACACGACGUCGUCCUCGGCACAGUCGGCCGUCGCCGUCGAUCCUAAGCCGCUGCAGCUGGGCGCGGGCUACCGCGCCGUGGCCAGCCUGGUGGGCGCCGCGCCCGCGCCCGCCGAGCCGCCGCCGCAGGUUGUUGCUCACGCUUACCUUGCUCAGGCCCGCCGCGCCGCGCCCGACUCCGCCGCCACACCUAUACACCCUCGCAGCAUGAUCUCCAGCAGCUUCAACGGACUGCCACUGUCGCGACCCAACUACGGUUCUACCGGUUCUUCAGCCACAGACGACUACAAGAAAUCUCUUGACGAAAACGGCAACUCGGUACAAGGAUUCAGUUCACCUCUCUCGGGAUCUAGUCAACACAAAAAACCAAGGAGGAAAAAGUCUUCAAAAAAUGAAACUGUUAUUGACUGCCAGCAGAUUGACGGCUACCAAGGAGAUAAAGAUGUUAACGAACUUUUACGGUUUAUUGAAUCGAACGCAGACAACGGCCGCACUCCUAAGCUCGGUCGCGUCAAGCACAAGGACGACUCUGACGACAAGAGUGGCAAGAAACGCUCCACCGAGCGACGCAAGGACAAAGAGAACAAGAUCAAGCGCGCCUCCUCUCUGGAAGAGCUCUCGCGAACAAAGAUCGAGGACCUCACCGACGUGGCAGAAUCUCCCCUGCGCGGCGACAAGAAGGACCGGCGCGGCGACAACACUCCUGCCAAGGCCGAGCGCCGCUCCUGGGGAGAGGACGCGCGGGACGCGCUCGCGUACACCGAGUUGGCCGCCGACAGCCCCGCCGCCGCCGCCGAGCUCACCGACUUCCAGACCGUCACCAAGAAGCGCAAGCCGCGCCGCCGCACCGACGAGCACGACCGCGAGCCCGCCCCGCGCCGCGCCCGCCCGCCCUCCCCCCGCGCGCGCCGGGAGUCCGCGCCGCCCUCCGACCGCAGCAACGACUCCAACGACGACAUGGACUCCGUGCAUUCGCUCCCCGCCGCGCCGCCAGCCCCGCCGCCGCCCGCCGCGCCCGCCCCGCCGCAUGCCUCUUACGCUGAGAUCGCGCGCACACGACACAACAUCCCCGAUCUCAUCGAAUCGUGCAACUUCUAUGCGGAGGGUGCCGCUGCGGCCGCCGGCGACGCAGCGGGAGACGCGCCGGGCGAGGCGGGCGGCGACGGCGGCGCGGACGCGUCCGGCGACGCCGACGGGUACCCCGCGCUGGAGGCCCGCGCGGCCGCCCGCCGCCGCGACCUCAAGCCCGCGCCGCCGCUGCGCCGCGAGCGCAAGCCUGCGCCGCCGCCGCAAGAGGCACCCGACGUGGUGGCCGACCGGCGGCCGCCCGUCAUCCUGCUGGACUCGGCGGCGCGGCCGCGCGACAUGGACGGCGUCACCUUCGGCUUCGACAUCAACGAGCAGCUGCUGAGCUCGGGCGCGCGGCGGCCGCGCUGCGACCUGCUGCGCGACGCGCCCGAGCCGGGCGUGCGCGUGCGCACCGCCUGCGCCGCGCUGCGCUACGUGGCGCCCGAGCCGCCGCCCGACACGGCGGCGCUGCUGCAGCUGGUGGACUACGUGGGCGCGGCGUGGGAGGACGUGGUGCGCUGCGGCGGCGGCAAGGUGCGCUACUUCAACGAGUAGCGCGCACGUCGCCCGCCGCGCCUGCUGUCUGCGUGCUAGUGCGUGAAUAUAUAUAUUGUGGGACGAACCCCAACAGUCUGGUUCGAUCGACACAGGAUCGAUCCUCGCGGGUGAUUGGAUCUAAAAUGUUCUUAUUACCGCUUAUAUAAGGAAAAAAAUGUAAAAAAGUUAUUUAAUGAUGAAUGUUCCUCAGUGCCCUCGAGACGAAAUAUCGAAAGACUUAGAGGGAGGUGACGAUACAAGUGCGUGUUGCAUCGUUGAUGCCCGUGUGGUGUGAGUGCGGACAUGGCGGGAGGUCGCCCUUUCGCUCGGUGUACUAUAAUGUAUGAUGCUAUUUUGCGACUCUGAUCGUUGUCUCGUUCAUACUAUCAAAUAUGUGAAGUGAUUACACUUUUUAGCCAGUGUUAUCACUGUCAUUGGAAAUUAAUUUAAUUUUGCUUAAAAGUAAAUGUGGCAAUAAGCAUUUAACAGUCCAAUUUGCACUUUAAAAAUCUUUUAUUUGUUAAAAUUGAUUUAGAGGAUGAUGUAAUUUAAGUUUGUGGUCUGGCGCGUGGAUAGCUUUGAUGCGUGUGAACUAGAAAUGUAAAGGACAUCAUUGUGUGUUUGAAAUUGUAGCAUAAGAUUAUGUCACUCAGCACUAUGUGAUUACAUUGUCUGCAUUUUCUCUUAUUUAAUCCAAAUCAUUAAUCAUUUAAAAAUCUUUUCUGUAUAUGUCACAUUCGAAUUCAAAUAGGAAUCCUAUGCAACCAGAAGAGUAAAUGAGAAUCUGAUGGUGCUGUCGGUAUAGCUCCAGUAGUUUGUUGAGAAUGGACAAUGGUUGUAAAAUGUAAUAAUUCCUGGUUUGUCCUAUCGCCAAGUACAAAAUCGCUGCUAGUUGUGUGGGUAGCGCCCGGCGGCCGCCUGGCCCGCGAGCCGCGCCGCUGCCCGGAACAAACGUCUCGCGCCAGACAAACACUACUCAAGUUUUGGUUCCAGUUAAGAGGCAUGUAUUAUUUUGUUUCUGUUGAUUUUUUAUUAUGCUUUUGUUAUGCUGUAAUCACAAAUAUUUGGUAGAAUUUUCUAACUAGCCACUCAAGUCUAUUUUGUUAUAUAUUUUUAAGUUUUACCAUUAGAUACUACUGUAAAUAAAAUGAAGAUCUUAUAAGGAGUAACUGGCCAUAUUAUUAUGAAGGGGCAUAAUUCCUCUUGAACAUGAUCUUAUUUCUAAAGUGAUUAUUAUUUUUAAUUCUAAAUCCUUUCGCAAGUUUAUUUCAAUAUUCUAUAAGGAUCUAAUGUAACAUAAGUAAUGUAUUAUCUCCGCUGGUUGCGUGACAUUUUCCGUUAUUAAAAUAUGGAAUUAACGUUUAAUUAUCAUUCACAUUUAAUUUAUAUUUACUAGUAAGGUCAUGAUCAAGAUGAAGAUGAAUGUAUGGAGUAAUUAUGUGAAAUUAACACCAAAAUAAUUUGUAUUUGAAGAUUUGUGUUGUUAACCAACGCUUACGUGCCGUGUGCUUGUUGCCUGGCGGAUUCUUCAUUCAUGCUGUCAUGCAGGCCCUGUAUGGAGUGUAUGGCAAAUUAUAUAGUUCGACCAACCAAUCUCUAUAGUCAAUAAGGAGUGUUUUAAAAUUCAUUGUAGUCUUCUAGUGAUCAAAAACCACUACAUAUGAACUGAAACAUCCUUAGUUACUCUCAUUAUAAAUUAAAAUUUCCAAUUUUCUCAUGGAGUGACACAAUAUACUAAUUAAGAUAAUCAUGGUUAAUAUAAAUCACUCUGAACAUAAGGUGAGGUAUUAAUUAUGAUGCAAAAUAGUAAAAUGACCAUAAAGUAAAAAAUAUUAUACUCACGUGACAUUAUAGUAGCUAGGAAACUACAUUGAUUUUAAGAUUUCUACAUAGAAUGAACAACUCUUAAUACGAAACAAACUCUGUACAACUGACAUGAGAUCGGGAACAUUUUGUUUGUUACGGUGAGAACGAAAUGCCACCCAUGAUUUAUUUAUAAUGUAGAAUGUUAUCGUGUGGAUGUUAUCCUAGCCACUAAAAAUGCACGGUUUAUAAUUAUUAACUCAAGACUAGUCGAUACGAAAAUCUAAAAAAAUAUUUUAGGAAUUAAAUUUUGCAAUGCGAUCUUUAAAAAUAUAAUACUUGUCACACGAAAGUAAAUGUUGCAAUUAGCAUUUCUAAUUUUACUAAGAUAUAAAAUUAGUCAUGUAUUGGAUUUUACUCUUAUCUUUUUAUAUUGGGUUACUUGGCAUACCUUUUCACAGUAAAAAUGCCAUAAUAGAUUCAAUUUAAAAUUACAAAAUUUUGAAUCAUCUAGAACAGUAAAUGGGAGACCUCGGAUUUAAACCCCUUUAAGCUAUAAAAGGAUUUUCUGUUGUCAAAAAUAUUUCACCAUAAUAAACAACAGUACUUGGACAACCUAAAAAUAUGUUAAAAUAAAUUUCAUACCUUUAUGAAUUUUAUACACAUUUUUAUUUUUAUGAAAUACAAAGUCAUGAUUUGCAGGCAAGGUAUAGUUAAUUGGAUGGUCUGUUAUAUAAUCGCUAACUAGCUUAGCUUUUGUUAUGAAUGUUGUCAAUAUAAAUAGGACUACUGUAGGAAAUUGAAACUCCUGUGUUAUAUGUUGCUGCGUCGACUAAGCCUAGGGACAAAUGGUUAAAUAAGUUUAUCACAUUGGUCACAUGUCUUCCAUAAAUUCUUGCUACUUAGUCAUUUCUUGGCAGUAUAUAAUAUAACAUAUAAUUUUAAGCUAUUUAGAUGUGCAUUUCGACAUGACAUGUUAAUAGGAAAUUAACUAUACCUUGGACCCGAUCCAUAUGAAAAUCUAACAAAUUUGAUGUUAUUUGCAAUAAAACUACAAAAUUAAAACAAUUUCAUUUUUAUUUUUGCAUAUAAUUAAGCUCCUCUAAUAUUGCGUCAGAAUGUUGACGUCGAUGUUGAUCUACAAAUUGUUACAAAACGAAAUCAGAAUGAACGGCCACAAUAUUGUAAAUAUAGUGUACAUUACUUUCAUUUUAUUUUCGGAGAGAUAGCGUUUUUUAAUAUUGUUGAGAUUGAUAUCAAUGUACUGAGAGGAAGCUCAUAUCAAAGGUAUAGAAAUUAUUUAUUAUUUCUUUCCCUUGUAAAAUAUGUAUAUAGAUAGAUAUGCAGAAGUUUCGGAAUUUUAUCGUUUUAAAGCAUCCUAGACGUUGUAGAUAAAAGAUCUCUGAUUGGAUGUUGUGACUUCACAAGGAACAGAGGCGCGUGGGACACCCGCUUCACGACGCCCGACCGACCGAGCGCCACGUGCUGCUAUCAUUCAUAGUUCUCAAAUCAAUGUACAUUUAUGGUUGUCAUUGUGUUUCGUUUUGCUUAUUGUGUAAUUAUGUAUUUGUUUGUUGCCAAACACUUCCGUUCCACGGCGUUUAAUGGGCUUAUGAUGAUACCCAUAGAAUCUCUGCGCUAUGUCAAGCAACGGUCGAGUUCGGGUUGGAUUUAAAAGUCGGAGCGGCGUGUUUUACCCGCGAGACUAAGGCGCUGAGCCUCGUCAAACUAAUGAUAAAAAUAUAUAUUGCAAUUUCUACGCAAGAAACAUAACCAUUUAAAUAUGUUAAUUUUAUUGUAUUUAAAAGCUACUUGAAUAUUUUUUUACGCAAAUUAUCUGGAGAUCUAAAAAUAUACAUAAGAGAAUAUAAUGAAAGUAUGGAUGAGCUAAAAUUAAUUAUCUUGAGCUAAAAUAAAUGUAAUUAUUUUAUCUAGGUAAUGGAGUGAUAACGCUUAGGAAAGCUAUUUGGCGAAGUGUAAAUGUAUAAAUAAAUUAAUGCUGAAAAUAAGGUUUGUACGAUUGCCGUGUUGUCUCAAUAAAUAUAGUCUGUGUCAUGAUUACUACGGAAUUAGAAUAAUGUCUUAACAAGGCUGCACAAGAUAUAUUUAUUAAGACAGAGGGACAAACGUUCUGUAUCAUAAUAUGUACCAAUAUGAGAAAUUUUAUUUAUCUGCUUUGCAUCUAACUGUUUAAUAAUUAUUCUAGGUUUUUACUCUGUUCGUUUCUAACAAACAUUACUAAUGUGUAUGCAUUUUAAUUAUAAACUUCUAUACGUUUAAUUAAACUUAUAAGACGACGUUCAAAUAUUUGUAAUAGAAAGCUACAAUAAAUUAUGAUAAAAUGGAUUUCCUGUAAAACAGAGUACAAAAAUUGGAUGCUCAAGCUGUCUGCUUUUCAAUGUUUAAUUACUUUUUGCAGUUUUUUUUUUUUUCAAUUUAGAACACAGCUUGUUGUAAGCACGUUGAACUUUCUUUUCUUUCCGUAUGCAUUUAUUAAAGUAAUCUCUCAAUAAUAAUCCAAUAAAUUCAACGUUUUACGUGGUAAUAAAAUAUUUUUAUUGUUGGAAAUGUAUUAAUUUUGUAAUUAGAUAUCAUACGAUCCACAUAAAUAAUGUAGCCCAUGUCCAUUAACUAUAACAAGACUCAUUACUUUUUUUUAUCACCUCAUACACACCAUCUUUUAUUAUCAAUUCAAUACGGCUUGGUGAUAGUAAACGAAACAACGCCGAGGUUUGAAUAUGAAGUUUAUUAUGAAUAGUGAGAAGACGAGACUGAUUUCUGCGAUUGAUCUCAAAUUCGGGAACAUGAUAAAUUAUGCUGUUAUCAAUAUACUUUGAUUUUUAGCUGGGCCUCACGUGCUUUCAACGUACAUUCUGCUUAAUUCAUAGAAGUAUCUAAAAUUAUCAUGAUUGAAUUUCUAUAAUAGUUGAACGUCGUCUUAAAUAUUUAAAUUGUUGGUAGUUUACCAAUGAACUGUUAUCGUAUUAUAUAAGCCUGCUCUAGAAAACUGGUCAUGUAGUAAAUAUUUGUUAUUAAAAUAAUAUUCAUAACAGUCGUGGCAAAUAAAUAGUUACGUUUGCAAUGUUAUUAAAAUUAGUACCUAUUAUAGACAUGUGUGUAAAAUAUCUCUACAAUUAAAGAAUGAUGUUAAAUGUUAUUUUUAUACAAAAUUAGAAUAACCACGACCUUUAUUACGUUCGUACAAGCGCUAAAAUAUUAUUUAUUUGAUCAAAAACUUUUUCAUGUACUUUUUUAAAAGAUGUUCCUUUUUGAAUGAGAAUAGAGUAAAAAUUUAGUACCGAUAUUAACUGUAAUACAUUUGUUUAUAUAAACAAUAUUGUAACCAACUGCAAUUUACAGUUAUGUACUUUUUCACUGUUUCCGUUUUCUUAAUAAAAUGUUGAAAAUACAA